AUGCAAAAGGAAGGUGUUUCAGAAAAUGAUGGAAACUGUAGCGGUCGAAGGGCGCUGAGGACACCUAAGUGUGCCCGAUGUCGCAACCACGGUGUGAUUUCGUGCUUGAAGGGUCACAAACGUUUAUGUCGCUGGCGAGAUUGUCGCUGUCCUGGCUGUCUGUUAGUCCUCGAGCGUCAGAGAGUUAUGGCAGCUCAGGUAGCUCUACGAAGGCAGCAAGGUGCCGGGGGCGCCGAAGCUCGUGAUGGCGAAGCAGCGGCUCUAGCAGCACGUAAGAGAGCUUACCGCGCUCGACUGCGAUGCAUGCAGAUGUCUAGGACUUAUGCUGUCACACCGGCGGGUUAUGGCAACGACAGGCUGUUCUCGAGUGAUCCCGCCUGGAACGAGCGCGUCCGAAGGCGUAGAGCAUUUGCCGACGUGGAGUUGGAGCGACCGCUGCCGCCGCCACCCGCGCCCGUGGUGGUGCCUCCCGCCGCCCUCUUGUGCAGGAACCUCCUCGCAGCACUGCUCACCACCUACACACCUAUUGCCCCACAAGAUGAACCGAAACGGAAGUUAUCGUUCUCCAUUGAAUCUAUUAUAGGUGUCCAAUAG